CAAUCUGAACAACCCGACCCAUUCAGACAGAUGAUUAUUUCGGAUAGAAAAUCUUUCUUUUCCGUCGUUGUCUCGAAAAUAAUCUCGGGCUUUGACCGUCUUCCGAGUUCCGACACUACGUGGUUUAUUUAUAAAAGUGAAUAUAUACAUCGUAGGAACCUGUGAGAACUUAUUUAAGUUUAUUUUUUAUUCAGUAAAUUAGUUUUUACUUCCAAGUUCUCGUAAAAAGCAGAUAAAUCUGUCCCUCAUAGUUCCGUAUAUGACUAAUACAUUGUCGGAAGGAAGAUCAAUUUGGAUAUGAACUGUGUGAAACUGUAAAAGUGGUGUGAGAUUAUUUCGCGGGUUAUUUUAUGUGAUGUCUGACGGAGAUCCAUCUCUCGAAGAGGAUGUGCCAAAACCUCUACUUAAACAGGAAGAAAAUGUGUUUACGCCGAAGAUAGCGACUCCUUUAUACACGGGCGGUGUGAAACUGCACCACAAGAGAUCUGACGCUGGAGAGACUGAGUCCUUCUUGACUGAUGCACAAAGAAAUGAGCUUGCGUUCCAACAACUAUUCCAAGAUGGAGCUGGAGCUGGAGCAUUUCACGAGGCGGAGAGGGAGGCCCAAGAGAACGGGGAGCUUCAGGCGAUGUCGGUGCUCGGUUCGUACCCGGACAAUCUGUCGCAGGACAUGAACACCGACCGGGACAAUGGUAGCGAAGCUUCAACGCGUCCAGCUGAAGACUUUACAUGUGGCGAUCCAGCCAUAACCCUUGGUCCAAAUGGCAAUGGCAAACCUCCAGCCAACCAUUGCUCGAUAGUGAUGGGAGGUAUCCUAAAUAAUCCCUCCCUCACGUUCAACGACGGUGUGCGGUCCAUAGACUAUGUGCUAGUAUGGGAGGCAUUUAAAGAGGAUGCUUCUACGCCAGAGGCCUACAGGGAGAGGGAGAUUUUCGAGCAAAACCUCGAGCUCGAAGGUCUACAACUCGAACGAGAGGCACCUGAAAACUUGUAUGGACUGAAUUUUGUUAAGAUCCACGCUCCCGUGUCAGUGUUGAGAGACUACAGUGAGAUUCUCAAGCUUAGGAUGCCGAUGAAGGAUUGCAGUAAGAUAAAGAAGUCUGGUCAGGCGAAUGCGAUAGUGCAGGCAGCAUUGUAUAUGUCUAAGUUCACAGCUUUGAAAGACGUGCAUGAGAAGACGAAUAGUUUGGUGGAACAAGUGGACGCGUGCUGGGACCGGUUCAUGUCGAAGAUACGCGUCGAUACUGACAUGUUCCCCGAGAGGAAACACCGACUCACCGCCAUUUAUUCGAAGGACAAGGAAUAUUUAUUCGACACGACAGCUGAAUGCUUCUGGACGCCUUCCAUUCGUUCCCGCAUCGUCCAGUUCAUUCUAGACAGGAAGAAGUUCUCAAUGGCUGAUAAUGAUGACUUCGCCUUUGGCAUCACAAGACUGAUAUCUAAUUGUACUUAUAGCGCUGCCUACCCACUACACGAUGGUGAUCUCAAAACUCCCGGGUCCAUGCGCUACCUCUUGUAUACAGAGUGGGCCGCCGUCUCCAAAUGUAUCAAGUACCAACCUCUAGACUACGUCAAGGAUUAUUUUGGAGUUAAAAUAGGUUUAUACUUCGCUUGGCUCGGUUUCUACACGCACAUGCUCAUACCGGCUUCUAUAGUAGGCUUGAUAUGCGUCAUCUACUCCGCUGCUACUGUUUACGAUAAUACACCUAGUGAAGACGUGUGCAACUACAACUCGUCAGUGAAGAUGUGUCCGCAGUGCGAUUAUUUCUGCGACUACUGGGACCUGAAGGCGACGUGCGUACAGUCUCGGAUCACCUACCUCUUUGAUAACCCCACCACCGUGUUCUUCGCUAUAUUCAUGAGCUUUUGGGGAGCCUGUUUCUUGGAGCUCUGGAAGCGAUAUUCCGCCGAGAUGACACAUCGCUGGGACCUCACCGGUUUCGACGUGUACGAGGAACAUCCGCGGCCGCAGUAUCUCGCACGACUGGCACAUGUUAAGAGAACACAGUUAAACGUGGUAACAGGAGAAAGGGAACCAAUGGUACCAUUCUGGCGCAUGCGUCUCCCAGCAACCCUAAUGUCGUUCAGUGUAGUCGCGCUACUGGUCCUAAUGGCUCUAGCCACGGUACUAGGGGUGGUCCUAUAUCGCAUGUCCCUUUUGGGCGCCACAAUAUUGCGGAAUGGAAAUGCUCUAACUACGUACAACCCUAUAAUGUUUACGACUGCGACGGCUGCCUGCAUCAAUUUGUGCUUCAUUUGCUUGUUCAAUUAUGUCUACCAGUACUUAGCAGAAUGGUUAACAGAAAAGGAACUCUUGCGCACACAGACAGAAUUCGAUGACUCUUUAACUCUGAAGAUAUAUUUACUGCAGUUUGUGAACUAUUAUGCGUCUAUAUUUUAUAUAGCGUUCUUUAAAGGCAAGCUUAUCGGUCGACCGGGAGAUUACGUGCGGUUGUUUGGACAUAGACAAGAAGAGUGUGCCCCAGGCGGUUGUCUACUAGAGCUAUCGAUCCAGCUGGCGAUCAUAAUGGUGGGCAAGCAGUUCAUUAACACCAUCGUGGAGAUGCUGAUGCCGUACUUACUCAAGUGGUGGUACAUCAUCAGGACUAUUGGGAGGAAACGACAAAUAAAGAGUCCUUUGCAAUGGGUGAAGGACUUCAAACUGGUCGACUUCGGUAACAUGGGCUUGUUCCCUGAGUAUUUGGAAAUGGUCCUGCAAUACGGUUUCGUGACAAUAUUCGUGGCGGCGUUCCCGCUGGCGCCGCUGUUCGCGCUGAUCAACAACGUGCUAGAAAUGAGGCUGGACGCCAAGAAGUUCCUCACGUGCUACCGCCGCCCCGUGCCGCAGCGCGUCAACGACAUCGGCGUCUGGUACCGCAUCCUCGACUCUAUUGGGAAACUCAGUAUCAUAACUAAUGGUUUCAUAAUAGCGUUCACGUCGGAUUUCAUACCGCGUCUCGUGUAUCAGUUCACGAACGGAUCUAUGAACCAGUACGUGAACAAUACGCUCGCAGACUUCAACAUCAGCGUGCUAGAACAUCCGCCCAUCAAGACCACGUAUAAUGAAACUAUGUGCAGUUUCCCCGGCUACUGGUACUACAAGGAGGGCGAUAGCUAUGAGCACAGCAACUGGUACUGGCACAUCAUGGGCGCUAGACUCGCCUUCGUCGUCGUUUUCGAGAACGUGGUGGCGCUAGUGAUGAUAAUAGUCCGUUGGGCUAUCCCGGACAUGUCAGGCGAACUGAGAGACCGAAUAAGGCGCGAGGCGUACGUGAUCAACUCGUUCAUUCUGGAGGAGACCCGCGCGCGGUCCGUGCGAGACCAAGGAGAUACGACAGAUUCAAAUUGGAACCACAUAGCUUCCAUGUCAGGGUCAGACUUCGAUUUAGCGGCCCAUGGUGAUCAUCAGAACAUCAGGGAUAUUGGGAAACAUGUUGUCGGCGAAAUCGACGACCAACCGCCGCCUGCGCACGUCUAGUGCCUUAGAAAAGAACGCCAUUAAAAAGUACGUAUGGGUUUAAUGAGAAAUGUAUCUUAUUGGGUCGUUGAACUAAAGGGGAAAUACAUUUACGUGGCGUGGCGUGGCGUGUCGUGGCUCCAAAUCAACUUGCAAGCAUUUGACAACUCACGCCACAUAGUAGUAUCACUAACCAUAGUAUAUGUAUGAAACUGAUAUGUUUCUUAAGCGCCACGCCACGGUAAUGUGUUCUCCGCAUUAUAAGUUGUAUGUACGUGUGUCCAAAGAUACUGUUUUCUAUGUUAACAUAUAAGUAUUGUUAUUGUUUCGUGAUACAAAUGUAGUUACAAUAUACCGCUAGAAUGUUUGUCAAACAAUUGAUGGUACUUCCAUUUUUUUAAUCCAGUCUUCUUUUAUGAAGGGCCAAUGUGGGCAACGAAAUACCGCGAGAAUAAGAAGACGUUAUAUUGUGUAAUAAUAUUAAGGCGGCUGAAUGUUUUGAGCAUAAAGUGUAAAGAAGAUGACAUUAGACACGAAGUUUACAGUUCAAUCACAAAACUUAAUGAUAUAAAACUAGACAUAUAUAUUACUUGAGUCACUAAUAAUACUUUAUUGGUACUUAAUCUAAAAAAAUUCAGCCGUCUUAGUAAAAAUACAAGCUUAGGUCGGUUCAUAUUCAGACGGAACAUGCGUCGCGUAUCAUCGGUCGCGUAACGCCAGAACAGACAAAUGUAUAGAAAAACAAUUGAACGUUCACACUCGCCUAAUGAUACGUUAGUGCAACUGAUGAUACGCUCGACGUAUUUUACGUCAGAUAUAAACCAACCAUAAAACAAACACAUUAAUGUCCAUUUUGUAUCAAAAUGUAAGCUUUGCGUGUGAGCGAUGUUGUGAAAUACACAAAAAUCGGUUAGUAAAUAGCAAUUAAUUUGAAAUUUAUAAUAACAGUGAAAUGAUGCUGUCCAGUCUAGUCCCUUUCAAAGUAAUUAGAUUUAAAGGGAACGACGUGAUCUGAGAUUAACAUGCUUGAUUUUGCUUGUUAAAUAAAAUUCAUAAAAAAUAAAUAAUUAAAUGAAACUUAAGUAUGUUUACAGUAAGUUGUGUGAUUUGACCUAUAUGUACCCUUAGUACGAUUUAGCUUUACGGUUAAUGUAGUCGAAACCAAACCGCGAUCGGCGCUCUGAUUGGUUGGUUUAUUCGAGCCGGCCAAUCAGAGCACCGAAUGCACUCUCAUUUCGAUUACUUUAAACGUAAAGCAAACUCAUACUAAGGGUUACUGCUUUGUUGCAGUCUAGGGAAUAAAAGGUUGUUUUAAAGUUUUGUACAAUCGUGAAGGAAUAAUUGAGCUGUUAUUUUGACCACGCGUUAGCUAAUGAAUGGUAUGUAAAUUGAAUUUGGAUUGCUAAAAAGUGGUUAAACAAUCUUUAAGUCUACCUUUUGGUAAGGUUUACCUAAUAAUGCGUAUUAGCACUCCAAUUGUUUAGUCAUCCGUAAUAUUGCGAUGGUAUGAGGAGAUUAAUGGUGAAAGGGAAACAUUUUAUUAUAAACCAUUUAUUUAUGAUGAAAAAUCUAUCAUUUUUAUAUAAAACAAAAACUUAAAAAGACAAUAACACUAGCUGCUGUACUCGGAGACAUUUAAUGAUUACUUAAACUAUUCCUUAGUAACGAUUUUGUCCUAAAAAAAAUCACUAAGGACUGGGUUAAGUAACCAUUAAAUUACUCUGAGUACGGCGGUGUGAAACACAAUUGUUAAAAUAUCUUCGAUAUUAAAAAUGUACUUAAGCGAAAACAGGUUUAGUUCACAUAUCAGUAUAUCAGAAAACAUUCAUUUCAUAUGAAAGAGAGAGAAAGAAACUAAUGAAGUGUUCUGUAGGAUUUACGCAGUAAAAAUUGUAUUUGAACAAACUGCUGGUCUUUAAAAGUCCCAUGGACUUAUCAUUAUGGGGCUUGUAAUAGGCGAUAUUUAUGUAAUUAAAAAAAAUAUCACAUUAUAAUCAAAAUUGAAUGUACUGCUUCCUCACGAAAUUUAUCGAAGGAGCUCGACUAGUUUCAAGCCACGACCGUGGCUCAUAACUAGGAGCAGCUUACAAAUAUGUUUGGAGGGCGUUCGGCGCUCCGAUUGGUCGGCUUUAAGGAACCAACCAAUCGUUAAACAGAAAUAAAACUCGCACUAAGCCCUCUGGUAAGUUCUAUCGCUUGUUAUUGUCUGUUGUCUAUUUAUGAAAAGCUUUCUAUAUCAAAGUAUAGGUAAUAUCUAUAUUAUUUUGUAUGUUAUAUUACAUGUUUAUAUUAAAAAUGCGCUUAUAUUAAUUUCAUAUGUUAUCUUGUACACUUCAAGACUAAAAUCGAAUCUCAUUGAGCAUUUUCUUCAAAUAUUUAUUAUCUUUGUGAAUGUAACCAAAGGUUAUUUUACUCUACAUUUCAAAUGUAGACUCUAUUUGUUUAGUAAUAAAGUCCAUAAACUCGAUUCUCGAGUGUUUAUCGAUUGCUUUUCGAUAUUCAAAUGUUGAUGAUACUCGUUUCGAUAAUAAUUAUGUUUUUAAACAUAAUCUGGGUGUAGAGCGAACAUUCUUCGACUCGGUAGAAAAACUAACUGAAAUGAUAUAGUUUUUGAGAGUUCGUUUCAUUACCUACUCUGAAAGUUGUAUUUGUGGAGGUAGUCGCUUUUAUUAAUUAAUCAAAUUGCGUACUUCAGGGGACUCGCAACACAAUUGGCGAUAAGUGACUUGUUACAUUGUGUAUGUCCAGCCUACCACCUACUACGGGGAUAGUCGUAACGUCACGAUGGUCAAAUGGGGGCUACUGUUUUUUUAUCUAGCAAGAAGUCAGUUUAUCCAAUCACUGUAGCUGUAAAAAAUUGUACGUCCAUUGGUGUAGCUAAUACUGUAUUCUAUAGUUCCAAACUAGCACCAUCCAUUGAGCAAAAUAACGGUAGUCCCCGUUUCUUGUACAUAUUUGCGAGCCAGAAUCAUGUUGAUUUCUCGAACCGUACCCUUAGUAUGAGUUUGCUUUACGCUUUAGGCGUUUUUAUUGGUUAGUUCAUUCGCACCGGCCAAUCAAUGCACCGAACGCGUUUGUUUCGUUUUCGUUUAACGUAAAGCCAACUUAUACUCAGGGUACCGUUUACUCUGCGACUGACUUGAGUUGUUAUAUUAUAAAUGGCUAUAUUAUUUUGUCCUACAUCAAGACAUCCAUUUUCGGCUUCCGAUUCCACAUUAGCCAAAUAGACAAUAUUUAGCUUCGGUUUUUUCAUUGUAUACAUUUUGAUAUAAUCAUAUUAUAUAAGAUAUUUAUAUAAUUAUGUCUGUGUGUCGUCCUAAGCUGUAAGUGUUAAAAACUCGCCUGAUUCAAGUGUUCAGUAGUGAAAUGUAGAAAAUUCUAGAAUUUGUGAAGCGUAUAGUUGGCAAGAAAUGCUUAGAAAGUAAAUGGCGGGAGUUUUUGAAGCGUUUUAAUAUUAUAAACGUUAAAAUGUUAUUACAUUUAUUUGCUUGAUAAAACAAUCUGUCCUAUAUAAGAUGUUCUAAAAUUAUAUGCCACGGCUUUAAUGGGAGGUAUCGUUGUGUUUGAAGAUUACAAUAGUGAGGAAAUUUCGUACACCGGACCAUUUAAUUCAAUUUGAGAACAUAAAGAAGUUAAAUAAACACUGACUUGCAAUUGAUAGCAAUUGUUUUCAUUGACGAAGCGACAGACACAGUGAAAGAGAUAGCUCUUUCAUAACAAAUUCAUACGUAGAUAUGUUUGCAUGAAAAAUAAUUACUCAUAGGUAAACAAUAGUUUAUAUUUACUAUUGUAAUCUUCAAACAUAACACUACUCCCCAUUAAAGUCGUGACAGAAACUUUUUAAGCUCCUUCUACAAUCCUAUAUGUUUAUCAGAAUGAAUUUAUAUUUGUUCUUACAUAUUUAUAAUAAAACAUAUUUUCUGAAGCUGUUAUACUCAAAUACUAUUAAUAAUUUACCAUAACAUCCUUUAUGAUAUAAGCCUUGUCUAUAAUGUUAUAUUUUUGCCUUAAAUUUUAAUAUUAUAAUAAUAAUUAUUAAAAUGAGUUGAGUACAUUUUUUUUACGAUACAGGCAUGAUUUUAUUCUUCAGUUAAUUAAACAUUAUUUUAAUAAUACAAAGUUAUUUCCAUUACAAUUUAUUAUAUUGUGUAUACUCUUAUAUGUGCUCCAUUAUAGGAAAGUUAGUAGGUAAGGGAAUUUUAUGAAAAAAUAAUAGCCUCUCAAACUAAACAAUGUUUAUUAUACUUUGGUCUGUGCUUUGGUCAUUUAAUGAAUGUGGGUAAUACAGUAAAAUUAUAUCAUGAAUCGUGUAAAAUUCCCUCGCCACAACGUUUGGUGAUUGUAUUUACGUAAUUUUGUUCACGGUGCUUCUGAGUCCUAAUUUUACUAUACAUAUAUUAUAAUGUUUUAUAAUACUAAGGAGGAAGUCCUGGUUUUGGCUGUUUUUCAUACCUAGUCACAUAAGUGAUUAUAUUGUAAGUCUUUUAAACAGUGGAAAUUAGAUCAAAAUGAAUAAUAUUCAUGAAUUAUAGUUUUUUUUGCAGAUUUUAUGUUGAAUGAAUUUGUGUAUCUACACUUUGAGCUUUAACUUGCCCAUGCGCAAUGAGAGUUAUAGUUUUUUUCGCUCAAUGAUUACUAGAUGGCGUUAAUGUAGUAAAGCCUGUUUGUCCAUUCAAUGUAGUUGUGAGGAAUUGAAUGCCAGUAAGAAAUGUUGUAUUGGACAAACAGACAACAUGCAAUCUGGUGAGUGAAAAAAAAAUAUAGUACUCAUUGAUUGUUAAGAAUGCGCACAAUAUAUUAGCUAAGUGUAGUUCGCGUAGUCAAGCAAUUAGUGCAAUUUCCAACCGUUUUCGAAUGUUUAUAAGGUUCAAUGUUAAUUGUUCUGUCAUAUUUACGAAGUCUAUUGAAAAUACAGAAGAAAUAUUUUGGUAAAAACUUGUUGUUUUUGAACUGAAGGGAGUAUUUUGGGAAUUAAACUGGAAAGUAUUUGUGUGUAGGUGUUUGUGGUGUUUGAGGAUAAUAUAGUAGGGAUGUUUGACUCGCCAUCGAAUAAAUAAUUCAUUAUUUGAUUUAUUAGAGCCAUUUAAUUUUUAGAAAAUUUAUUAUAGGUUGAUAAAUUGCGAAUUAUAAUUUUCAAAGAGAGUAUAUACACAGAUUUGAGUUUAAAGAAACUACCAUGUCAUGGUGUAAAAUAUCGUGAAUAAGACUAAAAACAAUACAUGUUUUAAGUCUAAUUACAAGUUAAAUUCAUUUUUGUCACACAUUUCUAAAAGCAUCCCUAUUAUAAUACGUGUAGAACUCAAAUCGGCAAUGUACUUUCAACAUUUUUGUUCGAUAACAGUUGUCAUUAUAAACUCUCUAGUUUCAUUGUCUAUGUCACAAGUAGUUACCGUAGUGUUAGUGAGAACAGAUUGUACUAUGCGAUUUCUUGACUUCCUAGACAUCAGCUCAUAAAGAUAUACCAAAAUUAUUUAAUACAUUUUCAACUUUGUCUUAAUGUUGUAAGGUUCAAAGUAAUAUAAUUUGUUAUAUUACUGACACACUUGGUAUCUAAUGAAGUCAAUUGGUCGUUUACUGAAUAAUCUGUGGUCGGUCAUCGUGUGCAAGUUGUUAUGCUGAAUGUGAGACGCUUCUAUUUAUAAUGUUUAUAUCGAUUAUAUAUGGAAAGUUUA